AGUGUGUCAUAGGGGAUGGUUCAAACAUCAAACCUGCUUCUGGGAAAGGGAGUAGGCCUGGAAGGCGCCACAUGAUGAGAGGUUGCCUUUGUCAUUUCACUGUCAAACGGUUGUAUACACGUCCACUUCUUGCUCUUAUAAUUUAUAAUCAAAGAAAGCAUGUCGAUAAGACUGGGUCCCCAUGUCAUGGAUUACUUGAUCGGAAUGCUGUUGGGACAAGAGCUAUGUAUGCUCCUAGAAUUUCAGAAGAAUUACGUCACAGGGUAAUGUCUAUGCUUUAUGUUGGAAUAUCUUUGGACAACAUAAUCCAGCAUCAUACAGAGUUGGUGAAGCAGCAUGGUGGACCCCACAACCGUGAUGAUUUCCUCACCCGUAAUGAUGUACGCAACAUGGAAAGGAUGAUCCACAAUUCUUCCCAUGAAUUAGAUCCAGAUGAUGCAUGCAGCGUGAGGAUGUGGGUGCAACGACAUCAUAAGCAAGUCUUUUUCUUCCAGGAAAACUCUGGGUCACAACCAUAUAUUUUGGGGAUACAGACAGAUUGGCAACUGCAACAGAUGCUCCGUUAUGGACAUAAUGACCUUAUAGCUUCACAUUCAACAGUUGGCUUGAAGAAACUUAAGUAUCAUCUUUCUACUUUACUCGUCUUUGAUUCAUUGCGGAAUGCAAUUCCAGUUGCUUGGGUCAUUAGCUCCUCUUGUGUUAGUCACAACAUUCAUAAAUGGAUUGGUUCCCUCGCUGAAAGAGUCCGAAGCAAGGACCUCAGAUGGAGAGCCAAUGCCUUUCUAGUGGAUGUGCCUUCAAUUGAUGUUUCUGUGAUAAGAGAGGCUUUCCAAUGUCGGGUCCUAUUAUGUGUUUGGUGUGUUCGCCGAUCUUGGAUAAGUAACCUUAUAAAGAAAUGCUGCAACAUUGAUCUGCAGCAAGAGAUGCUUAAGCACCUAGGAUCAAUCUUGUAUUCCACAAGAAGCAGACGAAAUGAUAUUGAUGCAUUGGAAGAGUUCAUGCAAGUAUUUGUUGAUCAAAUUUCUUUCAUGGAUUAUUUCAGGAGGCGAUGGUUAUCCUGUAUAGAAUUAUGGGUUAGUGGCAUAAGGUCUCUCCCUGUGGCCAGUCUGGAGCACCAUGCUUCAAUUGAAUCCUAUCACCUAAUGAUGAAAUCAAAGCUUUUUGAUGAUAGACAUUCUAGUUUCUGGCCAAGAGUUGACUGGCUAAUCCACACUUUAACCACUGAAUUUCAUUCCUUGUUCUGGUUAGAUCAAUAUAUUGAAGAGACUGGAUAUUUUCUUAAUAUGAGGAGUGAUACUUUCUCAAGGAAUGCUUGGUAUCAAUCAUUAAACAUCCCAGAUGUUGAUGUGAUAUUGGAUGAGCAAAACCCACAGCUUGCAAAAGUUGUCUCUCAAGCAGACAGAACCCGGACAUACAUAAUAUGGAACCCUGGUUCAGAAUUCACGCUAUGUAAUUGUGCUUGGUCAAGCCUUGGAAAUGUCUGUAAGCAUGUGCUCAAGGUGUCAAUGUUGUGUAAAAAUAGACAGGUAUCAAGGCCGCUUUUGGCUGCCCAAACUUAUAAACAGAUUUUACUUACACUUCUUCAAAAUCCUCCAGAUGAUCCGUUAGUUCUAGAUCACACCAUUUUGCAUGCAGCCCGUUUUCAACAGGAUAUCAAAAGCCUGGAAGACUUGUCUGAUAGUGGCCUUCUUCAGCCUGUACAACCUGAUAUGAACUGUCAGGUUACAGAAAAUACUCAUUUCUUCCCUCGGCUUCAUUGAUUGGGCCACUGAAAGAGUGGGCAAGCUGAAUUACUUGAGUAUACUUGUCUAUCAGCAAGAAUAUGAUCAGGAAUUUUGAUGGAAUUGCAGACAUAUUUCUUUGAUCUGCCUUAAGCUUAUUUCAGGAUGGGUCUAAACAUGCAACUCUGGCCAUAUAAAUUUGCAUCUUGAAGUUUGGACUCUUCAGCUGUUAAGUGAAUGCAACAGACAGCAGGCAGGAUCCCUGGGUGCUCUCAGUCAUUUAGAUAACUAUUGUGACUUCGAUAAAGGUAACGACCAAAUUUAAGCUUUUAUCUGCUCUUGAAUCAGAAGUUGCUUUCUAGCACUUGAAAUCAUGUGGGUAAUGGAGCUUGAGACUUUAUCACAUGCAUAUAAAACAUGUGGAUUGUUUAGACAACCUGUACGCAGCAUGGUCUGGUUGCCUUAAAAUUUAUCCCGGAGGGAAGCAUGGAGAUAUAUGCUUUCUAAAUGGUCCUUCUAAUCAUUUCCUUUUUAUCAGAGUUCCUAGCAAGUGAAAAUAUGGAUCUAACUUAAUCAGAAAAUGUUACUUGGUUGGUAAUUGCGGAGCUCUUUAAGUCUAGGAAAACUUGGAUUUGGUAUGUUAGUAACAUGUCGCGAUCUGUUUUCCUUCAAGAAGCAACUAAAGAUCCCAUGGAAUAUGUACGUACUUGAUUUGUUGCCUCUAAGGCCACAGUUUGCUGUUUAGAAAGCAAAAGGUUUUGGGAUAUUGGAAGUCUAUCCAAUUAAUAAAAAGAGUUGGAUUGAUGUAGUUACUAUUGACACUUAACACUCAAAGUGAUGCUGCAAUUUGUUCCAAGAUAUUCUGCCCUCAUGUAAUUUUGAGUUUAGAUUUUUUUUUUUCCCCCUCUUUAGCCUUCUCCUUGUUCCUACAUAGAAGUGGAGAUUCCUUGCCAA